AUGCCGCAGCACCUGUUGCUAGGAGGUGUUACUAGGUCCAUCCGAUUGUUUGCCAAUGACGACCGCCACGUCAUGGCAAAGCACGCCAACAUCUACCCUUCGCCAGAGGAGCUGGAAGCUGUCCAGAAGCUGGUGUCCACCGUGGAAUGUGCUCUCAAGCAGGUAUCAGACUGGAUGGACAACCUCAACGCCUCCCUAAGCAAGGUCCCGACCCCCACCACCAGCGACGCCAAGGAUGUUGAAGACUCUACCGGCAGCCGCAGGACCACAAAGCCCCAGAAUGCGUCGAUCCUGUGUGGGGUGAUGCGUGUUGGUCUUGUGGCUAAAGGCCUCCUGGUUAAAGGAGACAUGGACUUGGAGCUGGUCCUGAUGUGCAGAGACAAACCCACCAAGCUACUGUUGUACACUGUCAGCGCCAACCUGCCAGUGCAACUACAGACGCUGACAGAGGACAAGUAUGAGGUGCAGUCGAGUGUGUCGGAGUCAGCCAUCCAGGUGGUCAACACCAACAACCCCAAAUUCACCCUGAAGAUUACCCUGUCCUCUCUGGCCAUGAGAGAAAAACACACUGCCACAGAACAAGAGGAAGGCGUGGAGGAGCUUGAGGUGCUGGACGGGCGGCGGUGCCAGGCUGCACUGGCAACACUCAGACACACCAAAUGGUUCCAGGCCAGAGUGACAGAUCUGAAGUCGUGUGUCAUCGUCAUGCGUAUUCUCAGAGACAUGUGCAACAGACUAAUUGUGUGGGAGCCUCUCAAAGGAUGGCCCAUGGAGCUGAUCUGUGAGAAGGCCAUUGCCACCUGUAACCGGCCCCUGGGGCCCGGAGAGGCCCUGCGCAGGGUCAUGGAGUGCAUCGCCUCAGGGAUCCUCCUCCCAGAUGGGCCGGGAGUUCACGACCCCUGUGAGAGAGAGCCAACAGACACCUUGUCAGUGAUCACUGGCCAACAGGCUGAGGCUAUCACUCACAACGCACAGCAUGCCCUACGUCUCCUGGCCUUCGGACAGCUUUAUAAGGUUCUGAAUAUGAAUCCUCUCCCUCCAACCAAACCAUCACACACACUCUCAGGGUCAGACAAAAAAGGAACCUGCCGGAAAAGGCAGCAUGAAGAUGAACACACUAACGACAGACAACUCUUCAAGAAGAUGAAACGCAACCUGAUGAGAGUUCUGGACAGUGAGAUGAUGGACCCCAACCACCCCAUGAACGCCCUGAUGAGACUGAACCAGGUCCACCCGGGGCUGCAGUAUAAGCUGUUGUCCCAGUCUGGCCCGGUCCACACUCCAGUUUUUACCAUGUCUGUGGACGUACAGGGCACUGUCCAUGAGGCCUCUGGCUCUUCUAAGAAGACUGCCAAACUCAAAGUAGCACUUAAGGUCCUACAGGCUCUUGGUUACCCAGCUGGCUUCGAAGUGGACCUGGACUCCCUGAGCGCUGAUGAGAGAUCUGACGGCGAGGGACGCAACCACAGAAGUGAGAGAAACGACAGAAUGUCCACCAGCUCCAGAAGCAACUCUGUCACCUCCACAGACACAUGCGAGUCCCGCUUCCCAGGCCCUCUCCUCACGGCAGGUGGCAAGAACCCAGUGAUGGAGCUGAACGAGAAACGCAGAGGCCUGAAGUAUGAACUCCUAUCAGAGACUGGCGGCAGCUACGACAAACGCUUCAUCAUAGAGGUGGAAGUUGAUAAACAGAAGUUCAGAGGCUCUGGGCCCAAUAAGAAAGCAGCGAAGGCUAGUGCUGCUCUCUCUGCUCUGAAGAGACUCUUCUCUGACUCAAAAGACCCCCGCAACAAGAAGAGGGUGCCCAGGACACUGGUGAAGAGAACUGUGUCGUCAACCGUGUCUAUCCCAGUCCAUGCCCACAGCAGGCCUAGAACCAGGCCAGUGAUGCACAGAGCACCUUACAUCAGCGCUCCUCCUACCCAUGGGUACCUCCCACCAGGCUAUGGAGCUCCAUAUGGCUAUGGUCCUGCCGCUGCCUUCCCUGCCUAUGGUGAAUUGUACAUUGACGGUGCCUUUUACCAGCCACAGACAAUUGCCACUCCUAUUAUAAUUCACCUGGGUCCUCAGGAUUUCUUUUGA